UCAAUGCAUCAAUCAAGGUAUAGGACGUUGAGCACGCCUUCACCGCGUCUUCACCGCGCCUUCACCUUCACCGCUUUCCUUCCCAUUGUCACGAUUACCACGAUUAUCAUGUUCAUGGCGGAUAGAAACCCUUUCACCCUUUCAUCCUUUCAUCCUUUCACGCUUUCACGUUGCCUCAUGCCAAAUGCGACCUGGAUGACGUCUAUUAAAAGGACUGAUAUUCAGUGUAACAUUGGAUCGCUGUGUGCCCUGCAUUCGCUGCCAGAUUCCAGGUCUUAGAUGGGCCCAGGUCAAGCCAGACCCCUUUGACAUGUACGACGACUUUGACGAGUCGAUCCAGCGGCCAAUCAGUAUUCCAACACUUCACCUUCUCGAUCAAUGCUCAUUAUCGAUACAUGUGUGCAGCAAGGUUGUACCGCACAUUGCAUCAGAUUUGACUC